AAAAUGGUAGAGUGGUCUUUGAGAAUGGUUUCUUGUUGGUAUUCCUAUUUGAGCUUAAACGCGUUCUGAUGAAAUUGUAUGAGUAUUCAUUCUUUCUAAGGACAGUCAGAAGGUAGAUAUUUCAUUUCUAUUCUCUUCAGCACUUGAGUGCUACAGUGUGUUUAAACUGUUUUAAACAAUGUCUCCAGACGGUUUCUUGUGUGAGUCGUUGAAUUUCUGCUAUCAUAGUUGAGUAUUUGGUCUGUAUGUAUGUGCGUUGCUUUUCUGAAUACUUGGGGGUUUUAAAUUUCCUGUCGGGAGAUACAAGUACAUCAUUCAUGCAGAAGUCAAACAAGUUCAUCUUGUAUUAAAGUCUGAGCUGAAGACAAUGAAAGCUGAGUAAUUAAUUUAACCUACUGAAAGAACACAACUAAGACAAAAAACAGAUUACAAUUGUGAAAGGAAUUUCAAAAUUUAUUAGCUGCUUUUCACUUCAUUUUGAAAGUUAUAAGAAAGUUGACUGAGAGAAGUCGGGUUAGAUUUCUCUCUGUAUAUGCGUUAUAUCUUGAAUACUGACUAUAUUCUGUUGAGAUGAAAACUAUUCACAAGAAUGUAGCAUAAAUCUACUCAUUCAAUUGGACUAGUUCCUAACACAUCGUUAACAUUGUAAUUGUUUAUUGAUAAAAUGUAGAAAAUAAACAACCUUUAGAUAGAUGACCCAAUUUAAUGCGUGGUCAGUUGGCUUUAACACUCGAUUUGAUGAUAAUUGCUGGCCCGGGAUUUGAAUUCGGAAGUAGGCCCUUCAACCCAGGUAGUGUGGUAGUGUUGCCAUUUAUGACAGAUUUAGCAUGGCACAUAUAAUAAAAGUAUCAGUUGUAACUGACUAAGUUUUAAUUAGCUUCAAUCUGUACAUGGAGAGAAUUCCAUGUGCAAGUUUCUCAAACAGUCAGUCAUUCACCUGCAUAUAUGACCCUCUUUUUCAUUAUAGAAAAUUUCCUGCCUCCGUUUUUCCUCUUAGAAUCUAUAAAUAAUUGAGUAGAUGGAAAUUACUAUCACUUUCGUUCUAGAACAAGUUAGCUGACAUAAGAUGAGAUUUAAAAAGAAUAAGUUCUUGUCUAACUAAAACCUAGCAUCCCUUCAUGAAGUCUGUAACAUUUGAUUUAAACCAGCUGAACAGAAAGGUGUAGACAGCCUAGUUGGGUACCUCUAGAUGACAAAAAUCAAUAUCUUGAAACCAUUGAUAGUAUAUGGAUCAAAAUGAUUCUCACUGGCCAAGAUGACUUCAUUUUUUUAAUCUCCUAUAACACUUAGACAAGACAAGGUAUGCACACCUUCAUCGACCUGAAGUCAGUUUGAAAUCUGCUGCUCCACUCCACCUCAGCAUAAAUAACAAGUUUCGGAUUCUGUUCAACACAAAUGUAAAGUCAGUCACUUCUUCUAUAUGGAUUAGAAACUUGUAUUUGUUUGAGAGUCACGAAAAGCAUUUCCAUCAGGUCGCAGCCUUUAAUCGACAGCUUAUAAUGAAGGUCAAAUGGCUGGAAAGAAUCGCUAACCAGAAACUCUGCCUGGCGACAAACUAAACAAGAGCUGAUCACUCAACAAAUAUGUUGGAGAAAAUGGAGACGGAUAGGGUAUACAUUGAGGAAACCGUCAAGUGACGUCGCGCAUUAGCCAGGCCAUCACUCGAUUGGAAUCGCAAUGGGAAAAGAUGAGUGGGUCGCCGGUGCAAGGGUGAUACGGAGAUUAUAUUGGGAGAAGGAGAUGAGAGAUUACGGUCAUUCGUUGGCCCAGCUGAAGAGGAAAUGAGCAGAGAAUAGAACGAAGUGGGGAUGUGUUGUUGCAGCCCUAUGUUUCUCUCGGAACCAAAGCAAUUCAACAAUGUCAGAGAACUGUGUAUGCUAUAGCCACUUUCAAUGGAUCAAAUUAUGCUGGAAGUGUAUACUUCACAAGACAAGGUGGACAGAUGCAUAUAACAGGAUCAGUGUCAGGUUUGCCGAAAAGUAAAAAAUUAGGCGUACAUAUACAUGAAUUUGGAACAACCGGGAAUAAUUGUUUGGAUGCUGGGCCACAUUUCAAUCCCUUCGACAGUAAUCAUGGUGGAUUAACAGGCUCUCCUCGACAUCCUGGUGAUCUUGGAAAUCUUCAAGUAGACGACAAGGGAGUUAUGCAUUUUGAUCUCAAGGUUGAUAUUUCUGCUUUGUAUCGUUAUGAUGGAUUUCUUGGAAGAGCAAUCGUUAUUCAUGAAAAUGAAGACGACUUGGGAUUAAAGAACAAUGAAGGAAGUCAUGCAACAGGAAAUUCUGGUCGGCGUUUAACAUGUGCUGUGAUUGGUAUAUGGAAGGCUUAGAUUACACUUGUUGAAUGCAUAAUCUGAGGAAAGCAGAUAAAUUUAUGUCUCACAUACGAGUGUAGCACAACAAAAUUUAUAUACAACGUUAUUUAAUUAUUCUAUAUUUAUUUAUUAUUACAUUUUUAUUAUAUUUUUGUAGAUCAUUUAUAUGUUCAGAGUGAUUAUCUAUUUACAUAUCCCUAAUAUUGUAAAACUGAAUUCCUAAUUUUUUCUUGUUUUGAACACAUUGUCGUCUUCUUCUCGCCUACUUCUGUCAAUAUCUAAGUCAAAUUGUCUCUUAAGCUACAUAAAUAUUUGUUACACAGAUGGGAUAUUUAGCCGGCUGCGAUAUACUAUAUUUCCCUACUGUGGAUAAUAAAUUCUUCUUCAGGUACACAGUUGGCUUGUACAUGAGGCAUCUACUGAAUUGGAAUAAGUGAAGUAAUCGAAAAUUUAAAAAAAACUGUUAUAGUCCUCCAGUAUUGAUUUUAUUUGCCCUUGAUUCCGCGUUAGUAUGAAGUUCUUUGUUAAGCAUAUUAAGUGAUUUUGCCUUUCUCAGAUGUGACCUGCCAAGUAAUACUGGAUCUAUAUUUACUAUUUUG